ACAUUAAUUUCCAAUACAGAGCAAAACAAGUACUCUAGUAUUCACUUUCAAGAUGAGGAAUCAUCUGUCCUUGUUGUUUUGCUUGUUAGCUUUAGGUCUUCUUGUGUGUUGCGAAGCCGGUAGCCUCAGGAAGAACUUCUACCAACACACCUGCCCUCUUGCCGAGAAGAUAAUCCAAGAUGUUACAGGGAAACACGUAGCAGUCGACCCUGCUGUGCCCGCCAGGCUCCUCAGAAUGCAUUUCCAUGAUUGCUUUGUUAGGGGUUGUGAUGGUUCCAUUUUGUUAAACUCAACUGCAAGCAAUACCGCAGAGAAAAGCGCAACUCCAAACCUGACCCUGUUAAGUUUUGAUGUGAUUGAUGAUAUAAAAGCAAACGUGGAGAAGGCAUGUCCUGGAGUUGUAUCUUGUGCUGAUAUUCUUGCUCUGGCUGCUAGAGAUUCUGUAUCAUUCAAAUUUAAAAGACCCCUCUGGAAAGUGCUUACUGGUAGAAGAGACGGCACAAUUUCACGAGAUUCUGAAGCGAUUGCCAAUCUUCCUUCUGCUAAAUCCGACUUCGCAGCGCUAAAACAAAAGUUCUCUACUAAAGGGCUCACCGUGCAUGACCUCGUGGUUUUAUCAGGGGGUCACACGAUUGGAGUAGGACACUGCAACGCCUUCAGCAACAGGCUGUACAACUUCGAGGGAAAAGGCAUUCAAGACCCUUCAUUGAACCCGUCCUAUGCCACUUUCUUGAAGACCAAGUGCCGUAGCACGAGAGACAACACAACGUUCGUGGAAAUGGACCAGAAUAGCUCUAUCAUGUUCGACAAUCACUACUACGUCGGCCUGGAGCAAAACAAGGGUCUGUUCCAGUCCGAUGCAGCCCUUCUUACUAACAAGGGCGCGCGCAACAUCGUUCGCGAGCUCCUCAAAUCGUCCAAGUUCUUCACGGAGUUCGCCCAGUCGAUGGUGAGGAUGGGAGCCAUUGAUGUCCUCUCCGGUAACCAAGGGCAGAUCAGGAAGCACUGUGCUUUCGUUAAUACCUAACUAAUUAAUUAAGGUGUGAAGAAGUUUCUAUAUAUGUCACAUUCAAGGGUGAAAGGAAUUGAAAAGGAAAAUAUUAUUUUUUAUUAGAUAGUUAACAAUGUAAAUAUCAAUAAAAAAAAAUGUAAUAAUAAUAUUGUUUGAUAUCAAUCUUAAAGGUUACUAAUUUGUUUUGUUGCAUUGGUUUGAUUGAGCUGUGAUUGAGCAAUGAAGUGAUCACUGAUCA